GCACAGGCACGACGCGCCGCGGGCGAGUGAGCGGCCUCGGCGGCGCUGCUGCCGCCGGUGCCCCCCACAGGGCUCAGCGGCGGCGGAGGAUGGCGGCAGCGGUCACGGCGGCGGUGGGCACAGCAGCAGCAGCAGCGGCGGUGGUGGUGGUGGUGGUGGUGGGGCCGAGCGGCCGCGCGGAGGGAGCCAGCACCGUCCCGAGCAGCUCAUGGUGGCGCCCCAGACCCGCGAGCAACGGCCGCGCCGGGGCCGCCAGCUGAGCCGGAUCCCGGCGGGCGGCUCUCCCCUCUCGACACCGACCCACCAAGCGACCCGUUCCCUUUUCCCGGCCCACCCUCUCCCCCUUCCCCGGCGCGACCCUCGCCUCGGAUCGCCCUCGCCGGGGCCGGACUUCCACCACCCCCGGGCGCCGCGGGGAAGGCGGCGGCGAAGGGCACCGGGCAGCGCCAGACGGCGGCAGGACCAUGGGUGCGAAGCAGAGCAGCCCCACCGCCGCCAAUGGCCGCACCCGGGCGUACUCAGGCGGGGAUUUACCUUCCUCCAGCAGCGGCGGCGGCGGCGCUAACGGGGCCGGCGGGCGCUCGGCGGGCGCUGGCGGGCGGUACGCGCACCUGGCGGCGGCGCCUCAUGCUGCUCCCGGCGGCGCGACAGCGGCGGCGGCAGGAGGAGCGGCGACGGCAGUGGCGGGGGGUGCCGCCGCGGGGUCGGCCCCCCGAAGCAGGUCCUUAGGGGGGGCCACCGCCUCCGGGGCCCGGGCCGCGCAGUCCUCCUUCAACAUCCCCCACAGCAGCGGUCCCUACGGCUCGCAGGACUCGGUCAGCAGCACCCCGGAGGAGGGCGGCCGGGAGCGGCCCGCCGGGGGCGGCAGCGGCUCCUCCGGCGGGCCCCGGCUGGUAAUCGGCUCGCUGCCCGCUCACCUCUCGCCGCACCUGUUCGGAGGAUUCAAGUGCCCUGUAUGUUCAAAAUUUGUAUCUUCUGACGAAAUGGAUUUACAUCUUGUGAUGUGUCUGACAAAACCGAGGAUAACCUACAAUGAGGAUGUGCUGAGUAAAGAUGCUGGGGAGUGUGCAAUAUGCCUGGAAGACCUGCAGCAAGGAGAUACUAUAGCACGGCUGCCUUGCCUCUGCAUAUACCAUAAAGGCUGCAUAGAUGAAUGGUUUGAAGUAAAUAGAUCUUGCCCUGAGCAUCCAUCGGAUUAAGACAAGAUUCAUGGUUUUAGCUGCUUCCACUGAUCAGAAAACAGGAGGUGUGAGGUUCCUUUGCUGGACACAGCGUGCCUGGCUUGAGACUCCCAGUUCUUUGUGGCUGAAAAAGGCAAAGAAGGACGGCGACACGGAGAACGCAUUGCAGGAGCCGGUUCCUUGCCGGUAGUGCUGGGUGCAGCGAACACUCACGCCAAGGACACACAGGGGUUCUGAAAAUGCUGCACGUUCUGGAGCAAUCGACUCCCCACGGACGUUCCUGACACGAUUUCGUACCGAAGGCCAAAGUUCCUCAUUUCAGCCUCACUUCUGGUUCUGUGAAGAAGCGGGUUAUCGGACGCGUGCCUCACGUGGAAGGGGAGAUGUUCGAUCCGUGCUAUCUGAGACCCUUGCAGGAAGACGGCCCUGGUUUUGAGUGGGAACAUUUUCACCUUCUUGUUGGCUGAAGAACAGUAAAAUGGCAAACUCAGUAUAACCUAACAGUGUGACCUUCAUUUUCCUGAAUUCACACCUGGUUUGUGUUCCUCACUUUCCUCAAGAGCAGAAAACAUCAACUUCUCCGCGUAGGAAUACUGUAUUUCAGAUUUUUGGUAACUAAACGUUGGUCACAAUGCAGUCCAAAGAGUAAAACCAAGACAGGCAACUCAUUUCUAUUGAUCCAGCUCUAGGGAUUGUUGAAAUCUGCACCUUGCGUGGCUAUUUAAAUAACUCCAACUUCUCUUUUACUGCUUGUGAGUAAAACCAACCACAACAGCAACAAAUUGCAGCAAAGCAAAACCUUACAGCUAUGCAACUUCUUUUUAACUAGGGAAAAAAAGAAUUAACCAGUUUUAAGUGCUGCCAGUUCAAGGUAAUUUGUUUAACGGGUAUUUUUUAUCGUACUACUAUCAUCUCCAGGCUGCCUCCCGAUGUGGAAAUGAAUUAACUGCAGAGGGGGGCACAGCAAGAGGUUUCUAUAGGGCGUGGGUGAGGUAACGCCGAGGUGGGAUUUGUGUUUCAGUUCUAAAACAUGCCAAGGUUCUGUUUCUGGG